AUUAUUGCUGCCAUGACAUUAAUUUGUCAUGAAUUCACAUUUCCUAAAAAAACAAAUUGUUCUGUUUUGUCUUCAGGUUUUACAGUGGUCUUGGUGAUUCUCAUUGAGGGAGCGUCAGUGAAAGUUCAUCCAGGAGGAAACAUUACUCUCCACUGUACCAUUAAAGAUGAUAGAGAGAUCAGCUGGAUUAUUACAAAUGGAAACCAAACAUUUGUUAGAAUACUGAGGAUAGAACAUUUGUAUGGAGAUAAACAUAAACCAGAUCCAUCCUUUACUCACCCAGACUAUGAAGGGAGGAUUAUAGCAGUUAGUUCUCUCACACACACUCACUCACUUAUUCUGAUGAACAUCACCAGCAAUGAUCUGAUGCUUUACUGCUGCACUGACUGUAAACAUGAACAAACUUACUGUACAAAACUGGACUUUGAAGGUGAUGAGAGCGCUGAAGAUGUAGAGCACCGGGACACUGAAGACAUCAUUCACGAUUCCUUUAUCAGUCCAUUGCUGCCUGUACUCUGUGUGCUGAUAUCACUGUUACUAUUGGCAAAUAUCUGUCUGUGCUGGACAGGAAAAAGAUUGAAAACAGGUUGUGCGAGAACCAGUGACACAGUCAGGAGUCACAAUACUGUACAGAAUGAAAAACACUUGAAUGAUAUUAAGAAGACACAAGAUGACUGGACUCUGGCUGAGGUUCUGUAUGCACAAAUAUAAAUCAUUAUUCCAGCUAUAUACAUCUGAGAUUAUAC